AUGUCACCACACGCUCAGGAGCACACCACAAACGGAGACAUGAGCAACGACAGCGCCCCCUUAACUAACGGCGAGACACCGCAGUCAAGAGUUCUCUCGCAUCUGCACUCGUACCCCGUCGUCCACGACUCGGUCGAGUUCUACAAGUCCAACCCCUACGGCGCCAAGUCGCUCGCCCUCUUCAACAACACCUACAACUCCUUCGUCGCACCCUUCCACCCCUACCUCAAGACACCAUACUCGUACAUCUCGCCGUACCUGACGCGCGCCGACGAGCUGGGCGACUCGUCACUCUCAAAGUUGGAGCAGCGUGUCCCCAUAGUCAAGGAAGACACCAACAAGCUCAAGGAGCUGGCAUUCUCGCCCGUCGUCUAUGUUGUCGGCACGUACCAGGACGAAUACAAGAAGACGCAGGGCCCGGAGGGACUCGUCAAGACGUUCAAGGCGGGCAUCAGCACCGAGCUGAAGGUCGUGCAUGAUGCGUUCAACUUUGCAGUCGAAUACUGGAACAAGGGGAAACAGCAGGCCAGUAAGAAGGCUGAUGAGAUCAAACAGUAG